CAAGGGGUGAGUGCUGCCAUGUGUCAGUGACAACUGUCAACUCCUCUCCCCUUCCUCCGCCUCCUCCUCUCUCUGAGACAGGAAUGUUGAUCUCUCAUCUCUGUAAUCCAUCACCUGUCUGAAUCUGUCCUUGUGUCACUUGCAUAUAUGGACAAGUUAGAAUGGCAACUUGUGACGUUGUGCUGCUAAAAACGGCUCCCGCUCCCUUCAAUUCUUUGUUUUAACAAUGUCCUCCAGUGAAAGAAAUUCAAAGGACAUUUGAUCACACAAGACGUGGAAUUAUUUCAAGGAAAUUAACCCGGAAACUGAUUGACAGUACCCUUUUAUUCUGGACAUAUGCACCUUGGAACAGCUAGGAGAUGAGCACUUCUCUGAAUUACAAGUCCUUUUCCAAAGAGCAGCAAACCAUGGAUAACCUGGAGAAACAACUUAUUUGCCCCAUCUGCUUAGAGAUGUUUACUAAACCUGUGGUCAUCCUUCCCUGUCAGCAUAACCUGUGUAGAAAAUGUGCCAGCGAUAUUUUCCAGGCCUCUAACCCAUAUCUGCCAACCAGAGGAGGCACCACUAUGGCAUCAGGUGGUCGAUUUCGCUGUCCCUCCUGCAGACAUGAAGUGGUUCUGGACAGACAUGGUGUGUAUGGACUUCAAAGGAACCUAUUAGUGGAAAAUAUCAUUGACAUAUACAAGCAAGAGUCCACCAGACCUGAAAGAAAAUCUGAGCAGCCAAUGUGUGAAGAGCAUGAGGAUGAGAAAAUUAAUAUCUAUUGUUUAAACUGUGAAAUACCCACAUGUUCAAUGUGCAAAGUUUUUGGUGCCCAUAAAGACUGCCAGGUUGCUCCUCUCAAAAAUGUUUACCAGCGACAAAAGUCUGAACUCAGUGAUGGCAUUGCAGUGCUCGUGGGCAGUAAUGACAGAGUGCAAGGAAUAGUAGGUCAGCUGGAGGAGACCUGCAGGACAGUAGAGGAAUGCUGCAGAAGACAAAAAGAGCAACUGUGUGAAAAAUUUGAUUAUCUGUAUGCAAUACUGGAAGAAAGGAAAAAUGAGAUGACACAAAUAAUCACUAGAAACCAAGAGGAGAAACUGGAACAUGUCCGCUCCCUGAUGAAAAAAUAUGCAGAUCACUUGGAGACAGUGUCUAAGCUAGUUGAAUCAGGAAUCCAGUUCAUGGAAGAGCCAGAAAUGGCAGUGUUUUUGCAGAAUGUCAAAGCAUUGCUACGAAAAAUUACUGAAGCAUCUAACGCAUUUCAGAUGGAAAAAAUAGAGCCUGGCUAUGAAAAUAUGAGCCAUCUCACAGUCAACCUCAAUAGAGAAGAAAAGAUAAUAAGAGAAAUUGACUUUUACAGAGAGGAGGAGGGUGAUGAGGAAGAUGAGGAGUUGAUGGAAGGUGAAGAGUUUGAUGAAGUCCGCACAGAGUCAUCAGGUGAGGAGGAAGAGGUAGCUGAGAAAGUAUCCCAGCAAUCUCAGCUGGACUCAGAACCCAAGAGCACAACAGGAGGCCCUCAGACUGAAUCAGCCCCAUCAUUAUCACCAGCUGCCUCAGUUAGUCAGGGUGAGGUUGUGCCAAGUGGUGCUCGACAGACUGCAGAGUCUGAAACACAAAUGCCAUCAACAGCAGAAACCAUCGAUCCCUUGUUUUACCCUAGUUGGUAUAAGGCCAAAUCACAGCAAGCAAGCAGCCCAAGUUUGACCCAAGUGAGUGAUGGGUUGGGCCAAGUAGGGCCACCCGUUUCUCUGGAAAUGAAUGUAAAGAAGGCAGAAACUACAGAAGCAGCAAAAAGCAAUGAGCGUGCACCUGGGAAUGGAGUUAGCAUUCUGCAUAUCAGUUUUGGCUUUUCUUAUCAUACUGCAUCAUCUCUGGAGUCAGAUUCAAUACAUGAUUUUUACUUUAAUGGACUGGGUCUGAACUAUCCCAUCAAGGACAAGUGGAAGACGUUCCAGGGAGCAAUGAAAGAGCUGAUGAGCCGGCUCGUCAUGUCUUCUCUUUCUCCUGGUUAAACUCAUUGAAUGAAUGAUGACUAUCAUUCCAUCUGGCUUUGGAUGUGCUUACCUAAGAGGAGCCAUGAGGCAGCAAGUGACCUGGCUGGAACCAACAAGAAAUAGUCCAUAUAAGGGACCUCUUGAUCAGGUUUAAUUCCAAGGAUGUUAUUUGAAUUCCAUUAUACUGUAUCUGAUACUUUUAGAUUAGAGUGAUGUUUGGAAAUAGAUGAAUAAAGGGAGUGGGAAAACUGGACAAAUAGAUAUCUUGAUGAAAUAUUAUACUAAGUUUGACUGUGUCCAAGUAAAACCUGUUUCAGAAAGGAGAAUGUUGAACAGAAGCUUCAUGCUAUAAUUACAAUUGCAAAACUAGUGAGCACUAUGAUUGUCUGUAGCCAGCCUGGGUAUCCUGCUGUAUUUUUGUAAGUGCUUACCCAACACUGUUAGUUGAAAUAUGACUAAUGGCAUCAUUUGUCAAUGAAAAUAUGACCCCCUCACUACUCUUAAUUACUCCAGUUGGAGUAACUCCAUCCUUUCAACUUAUUGCUAAUGCUUGUGGCAAAUCCUUGAUGAAAGCCACAAAAUUCAAAGGUAAGUCUAAAAUUCCACUCAACACAACCACUGUGCUGAAUGACUCCGGCACAAGUGGUGCUACUGCAUGCUGAUGUGCAAUAACUGAGCAUAAAUGAGGAUGGCAAGAGGAGCAUUUCACCUUUAGAUUUGUGUUUUCCAGCUGUGGUUGAUAGGUCACAAUGAAUAACACUCAGACCACUCAGAAGUGUUAUUUGGUGUUAUAUUUUAUAUACCUGUAGACAAUAAAGAUAUAGGUAUAGGAAGCACUUGAUUGGAACCCUUCCUGAAUUAUGUGGGAUACUGAUCUAUAUGUGGUUCAUUAUCUUUACUUCCCCAAAAGGCAAAGAGAGGGUUCUGAAUGAGUGUCAGCUUGUGCCUGUCUAUAUCUAUAUCUGUUAUACCUAUAGCUUCUCAACUUCCUUUAAUACAUGAAAUCAACACUCUCACUUUUAUCAUAAUGAGCAAUUUGAUAGGAAAAGGACAAGAUCUCAGAAACCAGGAAAGACCAUUCUGAGCUGAACUGUGAUGAGUUUAUUGCAAGUAUCUCUUAAAGAUUGCAUUUGAAAGAUUAUAAACCUACGGAAAAGGCUACCACAGUGCAGAGAGAAGCAUACUACAGAUAUUUAACUAAUGAAACUGAUUACAUAAACUGACAUGCCUUUUCUAAUGGUGAGCAGAUUGACAUUGCAUUUGCUUCUGAAGGUGAAAUUCUGGGAGUUUUCCCACUGACUUCCUUGGGGUCAGGAUUUCACCCUAACACUCUAAGAACAGUUUAAUAAAUGAUUACAGAACUGAAUACUGUAUUUCCUAAUGCGUGCUGACUGUCAUCAUCUCUGAAAGAGUUCAAUAGUCUUUGAGAGUGAUCAAUAUCUUACAAGGUCAGGGUCUGAGAGCUGGAUCCAAAGCCCACUGAAGUCAAGGGGAAUCUUUCCCCUGACUUCAGUGGGCUUUGGAUCAGGCCCUGAAUACACAGCUCUUCUUAUAGCACCAUGACUGACCAUGAAGACAUGGUACCACAGUCAAUAGCAUGAAAUGGUUGAUUAAUACAUGCUAGAAGGCAGUAUAGUUUAAUGUGAGAGCCAAGUAAUUCAUACAAAGCCCAAUUCUGACAACAGUUUGCAGUGUACCCUUUGGAAAGCCGUUUGCCAUCUAUGUUGUUUCUGUUUUUCUUCCUGUAAAAUGGGACUAUGAAGGAUGGGUUUGAGGAUCAAUUAGUUAAUGUUUGUGAAGAGCUUUGAAAUAACAAAGCCUAUGUUAAGAGUUAUAUCUUCAUUGAACAGCA